GCCGCGUCUCGGAUCCGACACGAACCGAGCGAUAAGAAUAGAGGCGGCUAUUUCGGUUCCCGCGCACAGCUCGACAUCAGAGAUGCCAACGACCGAUACGAGAGUUUCUUCGUCUUCGAGCGCGCUUUUUUUUUUUUUUUUUUUUUUUUGACGGUUAUGAGCCGCGCGCCGCGUCUGUAUAGGCUGCUCAUUUCGUUGCCGCGCAGUGCGGAGUUUCAAUUUUUCGGCCUCUGGCAUAUAUCGCGUGCGCUGCCUGCGGCUGCAGAGGGCCGAUAUCGAACGCCGCGCAGUUGGAAAUAAAUUUCCCGCGAAAUUGGGUUAGCCGUGGGGAGAGAGAGAGAGAGAGAAUUUCCGGCGGGUACUUUUGGCAAGCCGGCGAGAGCAAUCAUUAUCGUCGAUACAAACAUUUUGCGGGGGACUAUUUUCGAAGCCGAAUGCUUUGGUCUUUCUCUUUUUCGAAUAGUCAGCGGCUAUACCUGAGGGUUUUAUGAAGGUACACGUGAAAGCUGUCAGGGGACCAUAAAUCGAGAGCCGCUCUCUUUUCCGCGCGAUAAAAUCGUCCCUCCGCUUCCAUACAGAGCCACUGUAGUGUGGGAGAGACGACAGCUUGGCUCAGGGCGAUCGAAUUCAAGGGCGGAGAGGAUUUUCUCCAGAACUGACUGCGGACGCAUAUCGUACGAGUACGUCGAUUUGCGCAGCGGAGGAGGAAUUCAAAGCGCGAAAUCUGCUCUCUCUCUCUCUCUCUCAAAACAUCGUCAACUUUGGAAUCUUAUCGCUCCACCUGAACGACCAAUAAACCGUUUAUCGCUCUCGGCGAGUUCAAUUAGCGCGCAUAUUCAGAGAGCCCAACCAGGCAAGUUUUCGCGGAUCGAACGAGUCACGCAUCAGAUAUUCCACGGGUGUGGAACUCGAGAUUAAUGGACAUCAUCGUCGCCGGCAGCGAUGUCUCUGGAAUAUAAAUAAAAAAAAAAAAAAAAAAGAAAGAAACAGGCCGCUGAUCAAUGAAGGAUAAGCCCGAUUACAUGCGGACUAAUGUGGGAAGAAUGCUGACCACUUGGCGACGAGUAUCCGUGUCAAUAUGGAUCUUGGCAAUCGCGUGUGUCGAGACUGUGAAAAAUGUGGAAACAAUUAACGCCGAGCUGGAAAACAGCGACAUUCCUCCGAACGUUACGUCGCGACUGUGGAAGCGAAACGACGGGGCUGGAAUAUUCAGCGAGCACAUCAAGCGCUGGAAUUACUUCAAGGACACCCACAGGAUUUGGUUGUGGCCCAAUGGUGUCAUUCCUUACGUCAUGGGCACCGGAUUCACUACGCCGGAGAAGAUGCUCAUCUGGCAGAUAAUGCAGGAGUUCGGGAAGAAAAGCUGCGUCAAGUUCCAGACGCGUCGCAAAGAGCGCGACUACAUCGAGUUCGAGAGAAACGACAAGGAUUGCUUGGUCUUCAUAGGCAGGCUCAAGGGGAGAAAUCUCGUGGAACUCGAUUCGGGCUGCCUCACGAGGAAGACCGAUUUGAUGCACCAGCUGAUGCACGUCUUAGGCUUCUUCGAUCAGCACAACACUCCCGAUCGGGACAAGUGGAUCACGAUCGGCUGGGAGAACAUCAGGCCGGACAAGAAGUCCUACUUCGAGAUCAGCAAGGCUCGAACGAUCGAGACGCAGCUGCCCUACGACUUCAACAGCCUCAUGCAUCUCGGGCCGGAUGCCUUCGCCAAGGACUCGUUUCAUCACACCAUGUGGCCGCUGCUCCGAGUCGAGAAGAUCGGACCGCUGAGCGACCAGUUCAACAGCCCCGACUUGUACAAGAUCGACAAGCUCUACGCGGACGAGUGCAAGCAGCGAAUGAAAUACCAGGACAACACGAGGACGGGCAAUGACCAAGACAAGAAGCCCGCGAAGAAAGAGAGCACCGAUAAUGGCAAACAAGACAUGCCGAAUGGGAAGAAAGCCGACCAGCUGACACCGCACAUGAUUUGCGUGUUCUGGCCGGUGACGAUAGGCAACUCGAGCAUCGUGAAAAAAGUCAUCAAGCAGCGAGACACCCUCGACGUGCUCACGGACACGCGGAGAAUUCACCUGUUCAGCAAUUACGAGAGCUAUCGACAAAAGUGUCCGCCGAAGGGCGCCGAUGUCGCGACACGAUAAUAAAACGAUGUUUGAACAAA